AUGACCCAACUGUCAAAACUGUUCCGGGAUCAGAAAGAAUCUCCGCUGGAGCGAGCCGUCUGGUGGGUUGAGUGGGUUCUGCGGAAUCCCGCGGGAAGUACCGUGAUGCAGUCCAAUGCGGUCAAUAUUGGCUGGAUUUCAAAGUACUCGCUGGAUGUGAUUGUACCGCCGAUGAUGGCUGCAGUUGUGGUGUUGCAGGUUCUUGUGAAACUUGCUUCAGUGCUGCUUUCACUUGAGCAAAACGCCAUCAACAUCCAGAAAAAUUCUACAAGGAUGGAGUUUGGAGUCGAUUGCACGUUCGGUAGCCAUCAUCAAGUUGACGAGUACUACGCCAAUAGCAACUUGCAUUUUAUACUUCCGUCGUUUUCAAUAGAAAGCGCCCAGAAUGUCGGUUUGUACUACGAGCAGGAAUCGCCAUUCGACGAUGGAACUGUUCCGGAUUACCUUCCGGACCAGCAGACGAUCUACUAUAUUGGAAGUUCGGAAGUGUAUUCGACUUGCUCACCGCCGCAGCAAGCUGAAAUUCCGUAUUGCGAAGGUUCUACAGCGGAUACGGAGUUGGAUCAGCAGCCUUAUAGCUACGCCGAUAUGAUCAGCAUUUCAGAUCCGCAAGACCUUCUGGAGGAACAGGCGACUAGCUAUAUAAUGUCACAUGAAGUAAUUCUGGGACAGAACGGUGCAGCAGUAGUAUCACCUUUGGAUUCGGGUAGUUCGGCAACAUCAAGUAGCGAGUACAAUGACAUUCCGGCGACAGUAUCACCGGAGAAACACUCAACCAGCUCGUCGUUGGAGGCUGCAAAUGCUCACGAACCAACGCCCAGCAAGCAGGCCCGAAAGCGAGGACGCAAGCCCUUGCCCAAAGUCCCGGUCACCGAGUCCGAGUUCUACUGCCUGCCGUGCAACCAGGCGUUCAAGAGUCGUCGGGGUCUGCUUCAGCACAACCACUACAACCAUUCGGGACCCAAGGAGCAUACGUGUGCGCAGUGUGGCAAGAAGUAUUCGUCUGUGGAACUGCUGCAGACUCACGUCCGGAAGCAUAACGAUGCCUUUAAGCCGUACGGAUGUCAGCAAUGCACGAAGCGGUUCAGCCGUCCCUACGAUCUGAAACGCCACAUCUGGACGAGUCACGGGGAGUCACCGUUCGGCUGCAGGUUCUGCGAUAAGCGCUUUGGGCGGUUGGACUAUGUGGAGCAGCAUGAAAUCAGUCACAAAAAUAAAACUGUGAUUGUGAAGAAGAAUUAG